AUGAAUCGUGGUAGUGGUCGUGAUAAAUUUGGUGGUGGUGGUAGUCGAAGCUUUGGUAGCCGAGGUGCUGGCAGCAAUAGCAACCGAGGAGGAAUGGGCAAUCGAGGUGGUCCACGUAGCUUUAGUGGUCGUGGUGGUGGGCUAAGUAGUGGUGGCCGUUUUGGUGGUAGCUUCGGCGAUAGAAAAUAUGAUUUCGGAAGUCGUAGCGCUUCUGGUGGUAACAGCCUUCGCCCAAUCGAUUGGAGUCGUGAAAAUCUUCGACCGUUCGAAAAGAACUUUUACCGUGAACAUUCUGCCGUCAUGCGUAGGGAACAGGUUGAAAUAGACAGAUGGUUUACGGAUAAUCAGGUUACUGUUGAGGGAAACGAUCUUCCUCGUCCAGUUUUUGAUUUUAAGGAAGCUGGUUUCCCUCAGGUUCUCACAGAUAUGCUUUUUGCAAAUUUCCAAAAGCCAACAGUUAUUCAAUCAAUAUCAUGGCCAAUUGCAUUGAGUGGUAGAGAUAUGGUUUCAAUUGCUAAGACCGGUUCUGGAAAGACUUUCGCGUUCAUUCUUCCGGCAAUUGUCCAUACAAUUAAUCAACCACCGCGAGGCCAUCAGAAAAGUCCAUCAGUAUUAGUGCUUUUACCAACCAGGGAAUUGGCUCAGCAGGUCGAAGAAGUGGCUAAAGAUUACUGCAGGGCAACAGAUCUCUCGAUAACAUGUUUGUUCGGUGGUGCACCAAAAGCUACACAGGCUCGCGAUCUUGAACGAGGGGUUGAUAUCAUAAUUGCGACACCAGGCCGUUUAAUGGAUUUCUUGGAAAUAGGUAAAACCGAUCUUCGGCGAUGUACUUAUCUUGUACUUGAUGAGGCUGAUCGAAUGUUAGACAUGGGAUUUGAACCUCAAAUUAGGAAAGUUGUGUCACAGAUCAGACCCGAUCGGCAGACAUUAAUGUUUUCGGCAACUUGGCCAAAAGACGUUAGAAAACUAGCGAUGGACUUUUUGACGGAUGCCGCACAUCUGAAUGUCGGUUCUUUGGAAUUAUCAGCAAAUCAUAAUAUAACACAAAUUGUUGAAAUUAUUGAUGAGUCGAAUAAGCAGCAGCGUCUCAUGGCUAUUCUUAGUGACAUUAUGAAUAAGGAGUCGAAGAGCACACCAACAGACAACUACAAAGGAAAUGCAUGGCGAAAUAAUAGCCAGGAAGAUUGUAAAACCAUAAUUUUCGUGGAAACAAAACGCAAAGCGGAUGAUUUAACACGUUGGAUGCGGCGAGACGGCUGGCCUGCUUUGUGUAUUCAUGGUGAUAAAGGUCAGUCGGAACGUGACUGGGCUCUAAGUGAAUUUCGAAGUGGGAAAACUCCAAUUCUAUUAGCAACUGAUGUAGCUGCUCGUGGAUUAGAUGUUGAUGAUAUUAAGUACGUCAUAAACUUUGAUUAUUCGAAUAAUUCGGAGGAUUAUGUGCAUCGUAUCGGACGAACAGGACGACGUGAUAAAACUGGCGUUGCAUAUACGUUCUUCACUUAUGCAAAUGCUCCAAAAGCGAAAGAUCUGAUAAAAGUUUUGGAAGAGGCAAAUCAAAGUAUACCUCCAGAAUUACACCAAAUGGCUAAGGAUAACUUCAAUGGAGGACGUGGAAGAUAUGGUGGAGGUUAUAAACGAAGCUAUGGCGGUGGUGGUAAUGAUUUUGCCAAGAGGCCCCGAUUUGAUGCGACAGCACGAUUGGGUUAUGGUGAUGGCUGGUGA